AUGUCAGGCCAAAGACCUGAUGAAGAUAGAUCUCGAAAUGAGCAGCAGAAGAGCAGCAGAACGUAUAUACCCUCAGGUCCAUCAGCUUCGGCUCCUCGUGGUAGUGGGAAUAGAGGUUUUAGAGAUACAUAUCACGCCAACAAUCAUGAUAGAAGGGAUAAUAGACAUCAAGGUUCGAUGAAUCGUGGUGGUCCAAGAGAUCGUUAUUAUGGUGGGAAUGAUCGUGGAAGAUUUGAUGAUAGAGUAGAUCGUGUUUCAAGACCAACCAUUGCAUCAUCACAAAGAGAUAGAGAUAAUCAUAAUAGUCAUAGUCAUAGUCAUAGUCAUAGUCAUAGUCAUAGUCAUAGUAAUAAUGGUCUUAGUGUGAGGCCUCGUUCAAAAUCGCCACUGAGAUCAAGAGAACAAAGAGAUUCAUCGGCACAAUCAACAUCAUCAUAUUCUGAAUCAGCAGAAAGUGGGACAAAGAGACCAUUUGGUCUGGUGAAUGCCCCAAAGGGCCCAAAAAAGAUGUCGUUCAAAUUACCAAAGGCAAAUACCAAUCAACCAACAGUACGGGAUUCUCGCUAUAAUAAUGGACGAAUCUAUAGACCACCAACAAACACAUUUAUACCACAAAGAAAUAACAAUUCAAGUCCACAAAAUCAACGUCAGUCAUCAUCAUCAUCAUAUCCAUAUCGUCGUGGUCCAUCUCAGAGAUCGCAACAGUUCAAUCAAUCACAACAACAACUAAAACAACCACCAACACCAACACCAGAGACCGUAUCAUUCUUGAAAACAUCAAGAGAUUCCACAAUUUAUGAACGUGUUGUUCAAGUUGGUGAAGGUACUUAUGGUAAAGUUUAUAAAGCUAAAAACAUUGUAACUAAUGAAUUUGUUGCUUUGAAAAGAUUAAGAAUGGAAACUGAACGUGAAGGAUUCCCAAUAACGGCAAUGAGAGAAAUACGACUUUUACAAUCUUUUGAUCAUCCAAAUAUUGUUACAUUAUUAGAAAUUAUGGUUGAACAAAAGCAAAUUUAUAUGAUUUUUGAUUAUGCUGAUCAUGAUCUUACUGGAUUAUUAUCAAAUCCUGAUAUUCAAUUAACAGAUGCAAAUUGUAAAUUUUUCUUCAAACAAUUAUUAGAAGGUAUGAACUAUUUGCAUUCCAAAAGAGUUAUCCAUCGUGAUAUUAAAGGUUCAAAUCUUUUAAUUGAUAAAAAAGGUGUUUUGAAAAUUGCAGAUUUUGGUCUUGCAAGAAAAAUGAAAUCAAAAAACAAUUCAUCAACACCAGAUUAUACAAAUAGAGUCAUAACGUUAUGGUAUAGACCUCCUGAAUUGUUAUUAGGUACUACUGAUUAUGGUCGUGAAGUUGAUAUGUGGGGAAUUGGUUGUUUAUUAGUUGAAUUAUUUACUAAAAGAGCAAUUUUUCAAGCUCAAGAUGAAAUUCAACAAUUACAUGUUAUUUUUGAAAUUAUGGGUACACCAACUUUUGAAGAAUGGCCAAAGAUUGAUAAUUUACCAUGGUAUGAAAUGGUUAAACCAACCACUUUCCAUAAAUCAACUUUCAAAGAACUUUAUGCUGAAAGAUUAUCAGCAAAUUGUUUGGAUUUGGCAUUACAAUUGUUGAAAUAUGAUCCAUCUAAAAGAAUCACUUCAAAAGAUGCACUAAAACAUGAUUAUUUUAAAGAAGAACCAUUACCUGAAUCUUUAGAUGAAGAAAAAUUAAAUGGUGAAUGGCAUGAAUUUGAAGCUAAAAAGAAAAGAAGAAAAGAACGUGAACAACAAAAAUUAGAAGAAAAAAAACGUAAAGAUUCACAAAAAAAACAAAAAUUGGAUAAUGGUGAAGCUUUAGAAACUGGUGGAUUAUCAGGUACUACAUCUAUUCCAGCUUCUGCUCCUGGUUCAACUACUGAUAGACAUGAUCAUGAAAAAUCAGAACCGCGUACAAGUCAAAGAGAAAAUACUGCAGAUUUAUUGAACUCUGAUAAUUAUAGAAAUGAUGAUGAAAAAGAUAAUAUUAAGAAAGAUGAACAAGAUUCUCAAACUAAAGAUGUAAAAGAUGAGUUGAACGAACAUCAAGACAAUGAAGAAGGGCCAAAAGGUCACGAAACAAAACAAGAAUCAAACAAUCAUCAAGAAGAAGAAAAAACCAAUAAAGCUGAUGAAGAAAAUAUUAAAGAAAAUGACAAUAAGGAAAUAAAAGAAAAUGAAACUGUUGAGCAGGAAUCAUGA